UUUGCAGUGGAAGAAUGUGCAAAAUAGAGAUAGAAAUUGUGGCUACCAAUCUACAUUCCAUUAAAGUGUCCAUCCAUGGCCAAAAACGUGAGGGUAGAGCUGGGGAGCAGGGUGGCAAAAUAUAGCCAUCUGCAUUGUAUUGGCUCAAGCUCCUUCUCUGGCUCUUUGGUGCAACUGACAAGCUGAACAUCACCAUACUCCAGCACAACAUCCUUGAAUACAUGAGCCCUUGUUAUAUUAUAAUAAUAUUCGUAUAACCCAUCUACUGUAUAUCAGCACCAUGUCACCAGGUCAAAUUCCUGGCACGUGUAAAUGUUCUUGGUGAAGCUUGUUCUGAUUUUACGGCCCGUUGUUACAAAGUUAUUUACAAACAGAAGCAAAAUCACCAUGUCAAUAGCAACACGGUAACAUAACAAUAGUGUACCACAUCAGCCAACAUAUCAUGGAAACAACCUCACUAGUAAGUCCUAGCAAUAGUCAGUAGAGUAGGUUUUUAGUGUGUUAAUGGCUAAGGGCACAAAGCUUAUACCGAAACAUGCCUUAUUGCAUCGUACAGUACCUAUGGCUGGAUGUGAAUAAUAUGAAGUCAGUAUUAUCUGCCAUGGGGCUUACCUUGUAUUAUGCCUUAGUGAUUUCUUAGCUGAUUAUGGCCCACUUCUCAUAUGAAAUCUGUGAUAAGUAUACUGAUCCAUAUAUAGCACUGGAUUAGGAUAUGUCUUAACAAGUGUCAUUCUAUUCUUAGGUCAAUGAAGAUCGUACAUUUUCCUGAUCAAUUAGGGGUAUUGAAGGCCUUUUUUGACCAGGGAAUGACCAGGAGACGGUUGCCUCUGCUGGCAGCCACCAAAACUGGCCUGUCAGAGAGUAUGGUGGAGAACUGGUUAGGGAAUGAAAGAGUAAAGCUGGCCCAGAGUAAAGCUGUCUCUCAACACAAAACUAAGCUCUACAAACGUAAUGUGUCAGCUUACAACUUGUUUAUGAGGGACCACCUUAAAGCUAAAGGAGUUAUGUCAGGUACACUGGGCAAAUGGCAGGCAUUACCACCUGCCACAAAAGCCCAUUACAGUGAGGAGGCAGACAAGCUACGGUCAGGAGUUGAAGGGGAACCUGAAGGCAUUAAAAGUAUUGUCUUUUUUUACAUCUAA